AUGUCGCGACAACCAGCGACCAAGGAUCUUGGUCAGGGCCAGCUACCCGAGCGACCCGUCAGCGGGCCAGCCAGCACCGUGGAUCCAGGAAGGCUCGGCAGCGGCAGCAGCAGCGAGACGAUCGCCGACCAUCAGCCAACUUCUCCCAGAGACGCUCCUUUGAGUAUGCUGGAAGAAGAUGCCUCAGCCGAACUGCACCGGAUAGCCACUGCAUUAUCUCAACACCAGUCCCACAGCGGCGUUCCCCUCGACGAGUCGGAUCCGACUUUGAACCCGGAGUCUGCAGAUUUCGACGUCACAAAAUGGCUUCGCAGCUUCGUUGCCGGACUCAACGAACAGGGACACAAAUCCAGUGAGCUCGGAGUACUGUUUAGAGACCUGGAUGUGUACGGGUCAAGCGCCGAAUUGCAGUUUCAGGAGACGGUCGGCUCAAUCUUAACGGCUCCUCUCCGGAUUGGCAAGCUGUUCAAUAGCCAAAAGCGCCAACCAAAGCACAUCCUUCACUCGUUCAAUGGCCUGCUCAAGAGCGGAGAGCUGCUUGCCGUACUCGGCCGGCCCGGCUCGGGAUGCACGACGUUCCUCAAGACUCUGUGCGGCGAACUCCACGGACUCAGGCUGGGUGAGAAUUCGGUUAUUCACUACAACGGUGCGUCCCAGGCGCAGAUGAAGAAGGAGUUCAAGGGCGAGAUCAUCUACAACCAAGAAGUUGACAAGCACUUUCCACACCUGACGGUCGGUCAAACGCUCGAGUUCGCCGCGGCGAUGCGCACUCCCUCACACCGCAUCAAGGGAAUGUCGCGGUCCGAGUACUGUCGGUACAUCGCGCGGGUUGUCAUGGCGGUGUUUGGGCUUUCUCAUACUUACCACACCAAGGUGGGUAACGACUUUGUUCGAGGAGUUUCUGGCGGCGAGCGCAAGCGUGUUAGCAUUGCCGAGAUGGUUGUGGCCGGCAGCCCCAUUUGCGCCUGGGACAACUCGACUCGUGGUCUUGACUCGGCCAGUGCUCUGCGUUUUGUCGAAGCCCUGCGCCUGUCGUCAGACAUUGGCAAGCAUGCCCAUGCUGUAGCCAUGUACCAGGCCAGUCAGGCCAUCUACGACCUCUUUGACAAGGUCACUGUGCUCUAUGAGGGCCGCCAGAUCUACUUUGGUCCGGCCCACGCCGCCAAAGCCUUCUUCGAGCGCCAGGGCUGGCUUUGCCCACCACGGCAAACAACCGGAGACUUCUUGACCUCUAUCACAAACCCCUCGGAACGGAUCGCGCGUCCGGGCAUGGAGCACAAGGUCCCUCGCACUGCCGAGGACUUCGAGCAGUACUGGCUGGCGUCCCCCGAGUUCCGGGCGCUGCAGGAGGAGAUGCAGCGUUACGACAACGAGUUCCGUAACGAUGCUUCCAAGCAAGCCGCGAGCAUCGCCGACCUUCGCCAGAUUAAGCAUCACAAGCAGGCUCGCCAUGUGCGUCCCGGCUCGCCAUACAUGAUCAGCGUGCUUGCCCAGAUCCGGCAUAACACAGUCCGCGGCUAUCAGCGCAUCUGGCAGGACUUGACCGGCACUGGGGCCAAUGUCUUUGCUCAGCUCGUCCUGGCUCUCAUCAUUGGUUCUAUCUUUUACGGCAACCCGGACGCUACUGCCGGAUUCGACGGCAAAGGCAGCGUACUCUUCAUGGCGAUCCUCCUUAACGCUCUUACUGCGAUCAUGGAGAUUGAGAGUCUCUAUGCGCAGCGAGCGAUUGUCGAAAAGCAUGCAUCGUACGCAUUCUAUCACCCCUGGACCGAGGCUGCUGCUGGCAUCGUGGCCGAUAUUCCUGUCAAGUUCAUUACGGCGACCACUUUUAACUUGAUUGUGUAUUUCCUGUCCGGGUUGCGCCGCACGCCCGAUCAGUUCUUCCUCUACUUUAUGAUCUCUUACCUGAUGACCUUCGUCAUGAGUGCCAUCUUCAGGACCCUGGCUGCCAUCACCAAGACGGUCUCGCAGGCCAUGGCACUGGCUGGCGUGCUUGUUCUGGCUUUAAUCAUUUACACUGGCUACAUCAUCCCCGUGCCGCAGAUGCAUCCAUGGUUUGGCUGGAUUCGCUGGAUCAAUCCCAUUUAUUAUGGUUUUGAGAUCCUUGUCGCCAAUGAGUUCCACGGCCGUGAGUUUACUUGCUCGUCCAUCAUGCCGCCAUACUCCCCGCCCAUCGGUGACUCAUGGAUUUGCGCCAGUGCUGGCGCUGCGCCCGGUCGUUGGACCGUCAACGGCGAUGCUUAUAUCAAGACUAUGUAUGGGUACACUUACGACCAUGUCUGGCGCAACUUUGGCAUUCUCAUCGGCUUCCUUGUUGCGUUUAUGGCUAUCUACCUCCUUGCGGUGGAACUAAAUUCCUCGGUGACCAGCACGGCAGAGUCUUUGGUCUUCCCACGUGGUAGUGUUCCGGCCCGCCUGGACCCCGACCAUGCCGUUAAGAAGCAGGAUGAGGAGUCCAACCAGGGAGCGACCGAGCUCGUGGUUGAAAAAGACGCUCACGAGGCAGCCCAACCCGCCAUCGAACCGCAGAAGGAUAUCUUCACGUGGAAGGACGUCUGCUACGACAUUGACGUCAAAGAGGGCCGUCGUCGCUUGUUGGACCAUGUUUCUGGCUGGGUCAAGCCCGGCACCUUGACAGCCUUGAUGGGUGCAUCGGGAGCGGGCAAGACAACGCUCCUAGAUGUACUUGCGCAGCGCAAGGAUGUUGGAGUCAUUUCCGGCGACAUGUUUGUGAACGGCAGGCCCUGCGGCGCCGAUUUCCAGAGACAGACCGGCUAUGUUCAGCAACAGGAUCUUCACCUCGACACUGCUACUGUCCGAGAAAGUCUUCGGUUCAGUGCCAUGCUCCGCCGUCCCAAGACUGUCAGCAACGAGGAAAAGUACGCUUUCGUCGAGGAGGUCAUCAAGAUGCUCGGUAUGGAAGAAUAUGCCAAUGCCGUGGUCGGCGUUCCCGGCGAAGGCCUUAAUGUUGAGCAACGCAAGAUGCUCACAAUCGGCGUCGAACUCGUUGCGAAACCAAAGCUUCUACUCUUCCUUGACGAGCCUACCAGUGGCUUGGAUUCCCAAAGUGCCUGGGCCAUUUGCUCUUUUUUGCGUAAGUUGGCCAACGCUGGGCAAGCCGUAUUGUGUACCAUCCAUCAGCCGAACGCCAUCUUAUUCCAACAAUUCGACCGGUUGCUUUUCCUGGCAAAAGGAGGAAAGACGGUCUACUUCGGCGAGAUUGGUGAAAAUUCGCGUACGCUCAUCGACUACUUCGAGCGCAAUGGCUCGCGGAGGUGUGGUCCGGAGGAGAACCCUGCCGAGUUCAUGCUCGAGAUUGUCGAAGAGGGCACAAACAAGGAUGGCGAGGACUGGCAUGAAGUUUGGAAGAGAAGCCCCGAGUACCAAGAGGUCAUGGCCGAGAUCGACAGGAUCCAUGCCGAGUAUAAGGAUCAGGUUGACCAGUCUUUGCCCAAUGCUGACGUUGAUACCAAUUCGGAGUUUGCCAUGCCUUUCUCUUACCAGGUCUGGUGCGUAACAGAGCGCAUUUUCCAGCAGUAUUGGCGGAUGCCCAUCUACGUCCUGUCAAAGCUGGCUCUGGGCAUCUUCUCUGGCCUGUUCAUCGGCUUCACCUUCUGGAAUGCAGACAGCACCCAGGCCGGCAUGCGCAAUGUCGUCUUUGCUGUAUUUAUGGUCACCACCAUCUUCACCACUCUGGUGCAGCAGAUCCAGCCGCUAUUCAUCACGCAGCGUGCUCUCUAUGAAGUCCGCGAACGCCCGUCCAAAGUGUAUUCGUGGAAGGCCUUCCUCAUUGCCAACAUCGUCGUGGAGAUUCCUUACCAGGUUUUGACAGGCAUCCUCGCCUACGCUUGCUACUAUUACCCUGUUGUCGGCAUGCAGUCUUCGUCGCGCCAGGGGCUCGUCCUCCUGUUCACCGUUCAGCUUUUCAUUUACGCCAGCGCUUUUGCCCAUAUGACUAUUGCCGCGAUGCCAGACGCCCAAGCUGCUGCGGCUAUCGUAGUCUUGUUGACCAUGAUGUCCACCAUUUUCAGCGGCGUACUGCAAACACGUAUCGCCCUCCCUGGCUUCUGGAUUUUCAUGUACUAUGUCUCGCCGUUUACUUACUGGAUUUCUGGCAUCGUCGCGACCAUGCUGCACGACAGGCCAGUCAAUUGCUCUGCCACUGAGGUUUUGUCGUUCAAUCCCCCGCCCAAUAUGACAUGUGCCGAGUAUCUUGCGCCCCUUGCAGGCAACGCCCAGGGCACACUGCAGAAUCCCUUCGACACACAAGGCUGCCGAUAUUGCGCUUUUAGCGUUGCUGACCAGUAUCUUGCAGGCGUUGAUAUCUUCUGGAAAGAUCGCUGGAGGAAUUGGGGCUUUAUGUGGGCUUACAUUGUCUUCGACAUUGCAGUUGCCAUUGAAAUGGACAAGGCGCCACGGGGCACCUAG